GCAGUCUCACGCGGAACUCAGUCGCACGGUGCGUGGUUGACUGUUGACGGUCCAGAAACUGUAUGCCGAAGAUUAAAAUGGUUCUUUAAAACAACAUUUAGAGGACAGUAAUGAUUAUAAUAUUUCCGUUUUCAAGCGUCGGAUAAACGUUAAAUACAAAUAAGCGUUUGUCUGCUAGGAAUAAGUUGUGGGAGCGCGUUUAAUAUUUGACAGAGCGUUGUUUACAUGCAACAAAAAUCUCCACAGCAUCUCAUCGACAGAAUGAGAGAAACGCUUCUUUUCAUUCUGCUGACUGGAGUAAUCACUAUAGCAAGAGCUGACGACUGUCAAGCACUGAAUUUCGGUCAUGGUUCGGUUGUGUGUGUGUGCAAUGCGACAUACUGCGACUCGGUGGGCAGGACUGGGUUGCCAGAUCCCGGUCAGUUCUUGUCAUAUGUCAGCAGUAAAACUGGCAGCAGACUCGUGAAGAGUCAAGGCCAGUUCCAGAAGAACAGCACAGGUGCAGCUCUCAGAAUCACUCUGAAUCCCAGUCAGAAGUAUCAGCGCAUUAAAGGAUUCGGGGGAGCCAUGACAGAUGCAGCAGCUAUGAAUAUUCUGUCCCUGUCCUCCGGAGCUCAGGACCAGCUGCUCAGACAGUACUUCUCCCCGGAUGGUAUAGAGUACCGUUUCGUGAGAGUGCCGAUGGCCAGUUGUGAUUUCUCAACUCGCCUCUACACGUACGCUGACACUCCAGAAGACUACGAUCUCCAGAACUUCACCCUGGCUGAAGAGGAUAUUCACAUGAAGAUUCCCCUGCUGCAGCGGGCACAGGCUCUCUCUGCUCAGCCUCUCAAUCUGUUUGCCAGUGCUUGGAGCGCCCCCGCCUGGCUGAAGACCAAUGGUGCACUGAUUGGCAAAGGCUCCCUCAAAGGCAAGCCAGGAGGCAAAGAGCAUAAGACCUGGGCCCAGUACUACAUUAGAUUUCUAGAGGAAUAUGGGAAAUAUAAUCUUUCUUUCUGGGGGUUGACAUCAGGAAACGAGCCCACUGCAGGCGAAAUGACAAAUUACAGUUUUCAGGCUUUGGGUUUUACUCCGGAGACACAGCGCGACUGGAUCGCCCUGGAUCUGGGUCCAGGACUCCAUUCCUCAUCCUUUCCCCAGACCCGCCUUAUGAUCCUCGAUGACAACCGACCUCUGCUUCCACACUGGGCCAAAGUGGUUCUGAGUGACGUACAAGCGGCACGUUACGUCCACGGGAUUGGUUUUCACUGGUAUCUGAACAACAUUGCGCCACCUGGCAUCACCCUGACAACCACGCACCACCUCUACCCAGAGUACUUCCUGUUUGCAACCGAGGCGUGUGCUGGGUGGAGUCCGCUGGAUCGUGGGGUGCGUCUGGGCAGCUGGGACAGAGCAGAAGAUUAUGCACAUGACAUCAUACAGGACCUGAAUAACUUUGUGACUGGCUGGACAGACUGGAACUUGACCCUUAAUCAGGAUGGAGGGCCAAAUUGGGUUAAGAACUUUGUGGACAGCCCUAUUAUUGUGGACUCAAGUAAAGACGUCUUCUACAAGCAGCCCACCUUCUACAGCAUGGCCCACUUCAGCAAGUUCCUGUGGGAGGGGUCACAGAGAGUGGGCGUGUCCUUCAGUCAGCACACCAGCCUGGACAUUUCUGCCUAUAUCAGACCUGAUGCCUCAGCCGUGCUAAUCAUUCUCAACAGGUCUGAAGAAGAGGUGCAGUUUGAAGUUUGGGAUCAAACGCUGGGCUUUCUGCCAGGAAGUGCUCCACCUCACUCAAUCCUCACACUACUGUGGAGCAGACGCUGAACGGCUGUACCAAACACCGCGUCAAUAAGCCACAUAUGCACCUUAUCGAGUAACUCAAACCAUUUCAAAUGACUGCAGCAACCACGAUUACAAAGAAAUCAUUUCACUAGAUUCAACGGUGGUUUAUAAUCUAUCCAUCUCGCUUGAUAAGCUGUUUUGGUGCAUGGCAGUCAGAUUUAUGGGACAGUUAUCAAUUUUAAAGGCAAUAAUGUGAUUGAGUCAUGUUUUAACAAGUAAUGCUAGCAUUCCUGGAAAAACUUGAUGUAUAAAAUUCCUUGCACUAAACACACGAAGAAUUAAAAUGAUGCAAUAAACGCAACUUCUCACAGCCAUCUCGUCUGAGAACGCAUAUUUAUGUCAACAAAAAUCAAAUAGGAAGAUCUGAAUGCAUUUGUUGUUCAUCUGUAUCAUAAGAUCAACAUGUUGCCUUGUUUUUAUUCAGUUUUAUUAUUAAUACAUCAUGGUCAUACACAUCAUAUAAUAUAUAUUUAUAUACUUUAAUAUUUAGCAAUUCAUCGUCGUUUUUUUUGUCUUCCUUAAAUGAGUUUGCCAACUAAAAUUAUUUACAUUAGAAGAAACUGUAAUAGAAAUGAGAGUGAAAGGAACUAAAUCAAAUUAAACUGAAUGACAUUGAUGGGUUUGUCAUAUAUACACACACCAGAGUUGGAAUCAAAAAGGAGAGAGAGAGACUAAACUUCAUGAUCUCCUGGACAAAAGGGAUGUGAGAACAACAGAAGGCCUGGGGAAGUAAAACAACGUUCAUAAACCGCAAAGACACGGCACCCCAUCCCAAUGAGAAUUCACAUUGAACGACAAGAGGCGGGGAGUACAGCUCGUCUCUGGGAAACCGAACACUGUACCAUCUAAAUGUGGGUUGGGGAGUUGUGCUGCUACAGCAA